AUGCAAAACGAGAGUGGGGGUCUACAACUAAAGCACAAGGGGAAAUGGCUCAAUGCAAAUCUUAAUCCUAACUGGAUUAUCGUUAAUCUCGCUGAUCAUCUUGAGGUUUUAACAAAUGGUAAAUAUAAGAGCACCAUACAUCGCGUGAUUGUCAACAAUGAAAUAAGAAGGGUGACUUGUCCUCUAUUUAUGGGACCAUCACUAGAGGCAUUCGUGAGCCCUGCACUCGAAUUUGUAGAUGAUGAUCAUCCCCCAGCAUAUCGUGGCAUGUCCUAUAAAGACUACUUAGAAGCUAACCAGUUCCAUAUUAUUGAGGGAAAGUCAUGCCUCAAACAGAUUCGACUUUAAGUUCAUAAUUGUCUCCAAUGUGAGACCUAUUCAUGCUUUCAUAAUAAUUAAAGUGUAUCAGGAAAUAAGAAGUUGAAGUGAAUUAAAUAAUUAAUAACAUCGGAGUGUUUGGCUUAUUAGUUGAUACAUGAUCUCUUUGUAGGGAUCGUAUUCUCUUUUUUUUUUUAACUUCAAAAUAAAAUAAUAAUUAAUUAAUCUAGA